ACAACACAAACGCCAUCUUGACAGCACCCUCAAAAUGGCAGAAAGAUGCCAGCUAGAAACCGAUUCCAAACUAAGAGUUCAGCUCUCUGCUUUUUAAAACAAAGUCGUCCGUAAACGAGUGGUCAUGGGGUCGGCCGCACCGAGCCUGUAACAUGGACGUACCGACGGCGGUGUUCAGCGCGGCCAGAGAUGGUAAGCUGAAACUUAUCCAGAAGUUGCUGAGCAACAAAAGUCCAGAGGAGCUGGAGGCUCUAGCCGAGGAGAAAACGCUGGGAGGCACCCCGCUGCUGGUCGCCUCUCGGUACGGACAUCUAGAGGUGGUGGACUACCUCCUCGAACACUGCCGAGCUCACGUUGAACUCGGCGGGGCGGUGAACUUUGACGGCGAGACCAUCGAGGGGGCUCCGCCGCUGUGGGCAGCCUCGGCCGCCGGUCACCUCCCGGUGGUCAAGACGCUCCUGAAACACGGCGCCUCGGUGAACAACGCGACGCUAACGAACUCCACGCCGCUCCGAGCUGCCUGCUUUGACGGCCACCUGGAGAUCGUCCGCUACCUGGUGGAGCACAGAGCCGACAUGGAGGUGGCCAACCGCCACGGCCACACCUGCCUCAUGAUCUCCUGUUACAAGGGCCACAAGGAGAUCGCCAAGUUCCUCCUAGACCGCGGCGCCGACGUCAACCGCAAGAGCGUGAAGGGAAACACCGCCCUCCACGACUGUGCGGAGUCGGGCAGUCUGGACAUCAUGAAGAUGCUGCUGAAGUGCAGCGCUCGCAUGGAGAGAGAUGGCUACGGAAUGACCCCACUCCUCGCUGCGAGUGUCACAGGCCACACCAACAUCGUAGAGUAUCUCGCCCACCAGCCUCGCACCUCCCGAGAGGAACGCAUCGAUGCACUUGAACUCCUUGGGGCUACUUUUGUGGACAAGAAGCGGGAUCUCUUGGGGGCGAUGCGGUACUGGAGAAGGGCGAUGGAGCUGAGGCAACCAGGGGACAAAGCUGGACCCCUGGCCAAGCCUCCACCUGGUCCUCCAAUCCCUGCCUAUGGCUGUGCACAGGAGGUGAGCACUGCAGAGGAGCUGGAAGCUUUGAUCACAGACCCUGAUGAAAUGAGGAUGCAGGCUUUGUUGGUUCGAGAGCGCAUCCUGGGCCCGUCCCACCCAGACACCUCUUAUUACAUUCGCUACAGGGGAGCUGUGUACGCUGAUUCGGGCAACUUUGAACGCUGCAUCAGCCUUUGGAAAUAUGCUUUAGACAUGCAGCAGAGCAACCUGGACCCUCUCAGUCCCAUGACCGCCUCCAGUUUCCUGUCUUUUGCUGAGCUUUUCUCUUUUGUUCUUCAAGACCGGGCCAAAGGCACCCUGUCAACCCGUGUCACCUUUCACGAUCUGAUGACUGUGCUGGGGAAAAGUGUGAGGGAGGUAGAGAGAGCUGUGGCGCAGAGGGACAACCCUCCCGAGGCUCCUCAAUUCACCAAAGCUAUCUCCAUCAUCCUGCACCUCAUUUUUCUACUGGAGAGGCUGGAGUGCAGCCCCGAGCAGGAGCAUCAGAAGAAGCACACAGUGUACCGUCUGCUCAAGCUGAACCCUCGAGGUCGCAGCGGCUUUACUCCUCUCCACAUGGCUGUCGACAAGGAAACCACUUCUGUCGGCCGCUACCCUGUCGGCCGCUUCCCCUCCCAGGCGGUGGCAGCGCUGCUCCUGGAGUGUGGCGCAGACGUGGAUUCACGUGACAGUGAAAACAAUACGCCUCUGCACAUCGCUAGUAACAACGGUUGUCCAGAGAUUAUGGCACUACUUAUGAAGGCUGGGGCUCACUUCGAUGCCACAAAUGCACACAGGAAGACGGCCUACGAGCUGCUGGAUGAGCAGAGCGGUGGGCACCCGGCCCUCUCCCCACUGAACUAUGUCACCCUUCAGUGCCUGGCGGCGCGUGCAAUUGAAAAGCACAGACUGCCCUACAGGGGACUCAUCUCUGAGGAGAUGGAGGCUUUCAUUGAACUGCACUGACGUCCACUACUGUCCCAUGCUGAGGCACCCCUGCACUACACUUCCUGCUUCCUGUUGUCCCCCAUAUCUUACUGUGACCUGCCACAAGCCUCCUUCUCCCCAUCGCUGUCUCCUUUCGGCCUUUGCUUUGCUCCCGGCCCUCACCAACCUUGUAUCAGACCUCGCUAUAGCAAUAAACAUCCAGAUACAAAUCUCUCGCUGAGAUCUGGUCAGUUAUCGCCAAAUUCUAACACAAAGUCACAUACAAAGUGAUUGUUGAUUUCUACUGCUAUUCAAAGUUGGUUGAAAUUGACUUUAAUGCAUUGUCCCCCCUUUUUUUAUGUUGUCCCGGUUAAAAGGAGACUUACAGUAUGAUGGUGCUUGUGUGUGUUUGGUGGCUGGGAUGUAUGCAAGAUGAGUUUUAGUGAUACUGGAUUUAUCUGAACAAACUAGCCAGAUAACAUGAAUGAAAAAUGAAGAGGGAAUAUGGUAGCUCACUUGUUUCUUUUCUGUUUUUCUUCUGCAAAUUCAUUAAGAAAAGGAGGGAUUUGAAGAAACUUGCUUGCUGGUCAUUUUAGCUGAUUCUACUUGACUUUCUGUAUACCAUCUGUUAUGUUUCUUUGAUAUAGGAAGGUGUUUGAACUCACUGUGCCAAAUGUCAGCCAUGGAGCCAUGUUCUGUUACAGUCUGUAUUGGUGGCAAAAUGGAAAGCAACGUAUUAUCUUCCUAAUACUAAGCAGAAGUAAAGUGGAGACUCACAUGAAGAAGAUCCAGAACGUCCGUGGCAUCCCUUUGAGUAGCUCCACAUGCAGUUUGUGAUAUGCCCAUUAGAGGCACGUUUUUCAAGCAAUAAUUCACUACAUAAACCGAUUUCACAUGGGAUUAUCCUUCAGUUUGACAUGCUUAUUUAUCUUAACAUGAUAAUGGCUCAAACCCGGGGCUGCUUCAUUGACAAUUAAUUGGUUUCUCCUGAACUCAUAAACAACAAAUGUUUUCUUCGCAUUUCUGUCUAUGUCCGAAUGAACAAUUCCAAACUCAAGCCUAAAGUGUGCCUACAUCCCUCUAUUCUGGUUAGUGACAACAUCAACUGAUAUAUCCAAUUUACUCAGGCAAAGAAGACGCAGCAUCAGAACUAAGACAUAUUGUGAAGAGAUGGACAGACCUUGAGCCCCUUGUUUGUAUCUGUGGGGGAAAUCCUCAAGUAAACUGUCCGUAAAUCAUGUGUCGAUUCUCUUUUGUAGUGAUUUCUCCCUUUAACCUCAGAUGCAGUGCACAGAAAUGGAUCGGUCGUUCCUGCGUCUUAGUCUUACCAUUAAUGGUCUCUAUUUUGUUUAUCUUGCGUUAUCAUGAAUGUUUUAUUUGUCUGUCUGUGCUAGGCACCACCAAGUUGAAAGGAGAGGCUCUAAAUCCUGAACAUUGAGGCUAUGAACUGUCUCUGCCUUUCUCUCUCGCAACUGAUUUGUUUAACCGAUGAUAACUCAAGAACAAAGUGAGUUAGAGAUACUUGAAUAAAAUUCAGUAUCGCAACA